AAUUCGGUUUUUUUCUUCUUCUUCUUCUCUCCUUUGCGUUUAAUACUAAUAAAAAAAAAACACGAGCGAAAAACUAUGGAUACGAACGAUGACUCGAAGGGGGUACAGCGGAAGGCGUCCUCCCCUUCGUUCCCGAAUGGAGAACCUAAGCAGGAAAAGAUAUUCCGAAAAUGAGUUCCGAGGGAAACUGCUGAGUCAAAGGUGGAUCCGUGGGGAGAAAAUCAACAGUUGUGAGUCAGCCCCAAACCUCCAUAAGAGACACCUCAAGAUGAGUUUAGAGAACGACGACAAACGAGCACGAACACGGUCCAAGGCAAUUAGAGUACCAACAGAACUCAUUGGCCAGGAAGUGAGCUGUCCAACUCCUGGAUGCAACGGAUCAGGACAUAUUCGCGGAAAGUACGCGAGACACAGGAGUUUACAAAGCUGCCCGCUGGCGAAGAAGAGGAAACUUCAGUACGUAGAAGCAGAACAUCUGGGUGCCAAGAGAAAAUCUCAUCCCUUGAAGCUCAGCCUUGACGAAGACUAUAAUGUCGACAGUGAUGCGAGCGAAGAGGCCGAAGCCAAGCUGGACUCUGUGACAGACGAUUCAGAAGGGACCCUGGAGGAGGAGGAGGACGACGAGGAGGAGGAGGACGACGACGAAGGAGAAGCCCUCGCACAAAAGGAGGGGUCCAGCAGCCCUCCCCCGGAAGAAGGCCAAAGAACAGAAGGAACUCUCUUGUCUGAACGGAAAGUGUCAGAAAGUGAAGGCGAAGUCUCCAGCAGCGGGGGAAACACCAUGCAUCUGCUCUGUGAAGGAGCAACGGAAGAAGAAGAGGAGGAGGAGGAGGAGGAAGAGGAGGAGGAGGAAGAAGAAGAAGAAGCAGUGGAGGAGGAAUGUGAGAAGGAGAUCGUCAUCCACCCAGAAGAUGCAGAAGAAGUCAUUGAGGUCACCAGUGAGCGUAGCAGUGAUUUGUACCUGGAACAUCAGGAGGAUGAGGGGAGUUGUGAGGACUCAUGCAAACUGCAAAAGGAGGAAGAGGAGGAGGAAGAGGAGGAUGACGAAGAAGAAGAAGAAGACCAUGAAGCAGAAGAGGAGGAGGAGGAGGAAGAAGAAGAAGAAGAAUACGAAGAGGAGGAAGAAGAAGAGGAAGGGGAAGCGAUGGCCGAGGUAAUCUGUCCAGAAGCUCCUCACAUUUCUCAGGAUAGCCCCCAAGCCCACUGUGAAAGACCGACGGUCAACCCCAAGCCGGAAUAUUCUGUCAUUGUGGAGGUGAGGUCAGACGACGAAAAGGACGACGAUUCCCACUCCCAAAAGUCCACGGUGACCGAUGAAUCCGAGAUGUAUGACAUGAUGACGCGGGGAAAUCUGGGCCUGUUGGAGCAGGCCAUCGCCCUGAAAGCUGAACAGGUCAAGGUGGUGAGGGAGCCCGGCCAGCAGGUGACCAGAGAGCACGCGAAACGUUUCCAAGUGGAGGAAAAGCAGAACAAGACCUUGGACUCCAUCAGGAAGAACUAUUACAGCAAAGAUUCUUCAAGACCCGAAAAGCGUGAAAUCAAAUGUCCUACUCCAGGCUGUGAUGGCACUGGCCACGUCACAGGACUCUAUCCCCACCAUCGUAGUUUGUCUGGUUGCCCGCACAAAGACAGGAUCCCUCCUGAGAUUCUGGCCAGGCACGAGAAUGUAUUAAAGUGCCCAACACCUGGAUGCACCGGACAGGGCCAUGUAAAUAGCAACCGUAAUACUCACCGAAGCUUAUCUGGCUGUCCCAUUGCAGCUGCUGAAAAAUUAGCCAAAACUCACGAGAAGCAACAGCCUCCCUCCGGCGACCCUUCAAAAAAUCACUCGAAUUCAGAUCGGAUCCUCAGGCCUAUGUGUUUUGUGAAGCAACUCGAGGUGCCUCAGUAUGGAAAUUACAGGCCCAACAUGGUUCCUUCCACGCCAAGGGCCAACUUGGCCAAGGAGCUGGAGAAGUACUCCAAAGUCACCUUCGAUUAUGCAAGUUUUGACGCUCAGGUUUUUGGCAAACGCAUGCUUGCCCCAAAGAUUCAGUCUAGCGAAACCUCACCUAAAGCCUUUAAAUGCAAACCUUUUCCAAAGGUUUCCACUUCCCCCAGCCACAGCCCUUCCAGCAAUUACGUGAAGAACGCUUCGUCUUCGUCCACAGGCUUCGACUACUCUCACGACGCCGAAGCCGCCCACAUGGCUGCCACCGCCAUUUUGAACCUCUCCACCCGCUGCUGGGAAAUGCCUGAAAACCUCAGCACCAAGCAGCAAGAUCACUCCGGCAAGUCCAUGGACAUUGAAGUGGAUGAAAACGGGACUCUGGACUUAAGCAUGAACAAGCAUCGCAAACGUGAAAGCAUCUUCCCCAGCAGCAGCAGCUGCAGCAGUAGCCCCAGCAUCAAAUACCCCGACGUGUCCCAACGCCAAAACUGCACCAGUGCCACCAGCAGCACCAUGACCUCGCCCCAGUCCAGCCACACCUCUCGCCAGGAUGAGUGGGACGGGCCCAUUGACUACACCAAACCAAACCGACAACGAGAAGAGGAACUGGAGGAGUCAGAGCCCGCUGCCCGUUCAUUCGCCUCCUCGGAAGCCGACGAACAAGAAGUUCCGGAAGAAAACUUUGAAGAAAGAAAAUACCCGGGAGAAAUCACCUUAACCAACUUCAAGCUUAAGUUCCUUUCCAAGGAAAUCAAGAAAGAGUUACUCACUUGCCCUACCCCAGGCUGUGAUGGCAGCGGACACAUCACGGGAAAUUAUGCUUCUCAUCGCAGCCUUUCUGGUUGUCCUCUUGCUGACAAAAGUCUCAGAAACCUCAUGGCUGCCCACUCUGCUGACCUCAAGUGCCCAACUCCUGGCUGUGAUGGGUCCGGUCAUAUAACAGGAAAUUAUGCAUCACAUAGGAGUUUAUCAGGUUGCCCUCGUGCCAAGAAAAGUGGAAUGAAAAUCCCACCCACAAAGGAUGACAAGGAGGAUCCUGAACUGAUGAAGUGCCCUGUUCCUGGGUGUGUUGGACUCGGACACAUCAGUGGCAAAUACGCCUCCCAUCGCAGUGCCUCAGGCUGUCCCCUUGCGGCCCGGAGGCAGAAGGAAGGUUCCCUCAACGGCUCCUCCUUUUCAUGGAAGUCGCUCAAGAAUGAGGGUCCCACUUGCCCAACUCCUGGCUGCGAUGGUUCAGGCCACGCCAAUGGAAGCUUCCUCACUCACAGAAGCUUAUCGGGAUGUCCAAGAGCUACUUUUGCUGGAAAAAAAGGGAAAAUCUCAGGGGAUGAUAUGCUCAAUGCUAAAUUCAAGACCAGUGAUGUUCUAGAGAAUGACGAAGAAAUCAAACAGUUAAACAAUGAAAUCAGUGAACUGAAUGAAUCCAACAGUGAGAUGGAAGCAGCAAUGGUGAAGCUGCAGUCCCAGAUCUCCAGCAUGGAGAAGAACCUCAAGACCAUCGAAGAGGAGAACAAGAUGAUAGAGGAGCAGAACGAAGCCCUCUUCCUGGAGCUCUCAGGGCUGAGCCAGACCCUUAUCCAAAGCCUUGCCAAUAUCCGCCUUCCACACAUGGAUCCAAUCAGUGAGCAGAACUUUGAUGCCUACGUGAACACUCUUACCGACAUGUACACCAAUCAAGAAUGCUACCAGAAUCCUGAAAACAAGGAUCUGCUGGAAAGCAUCAAACAGGCAAUUAAAGGAAUUCAGGUCUAAUAGGUAGGACAAGAAAAAGAAAGAGACGUGUGUGUGUGUGUGAGAGAGAGAGAGAGAGAAGAUGUUAGAAUAUCUGGAAGACUUUAGAAGACCUUCACUCAGGUUUAUUUGUUGAAUGAAUGAAUCAAAGGACCAAAACCUAACCAAGAGGCCAUUCACAAAAGAAGAAAUGAACUCAUUUUUGUUGUUGUUGUUGUUUUGUUUUGUUUUGUUGACUUGACAGCAUCACUCUGGCAAACAUCAGGAACUCCGUUUUUACUUCUGGCGAUAGAGUCAAAGCUGGGCUUGGAAAUAAGUGGAGAUUUUUGGAUCUUCGCGGGCUGCUAAGUUCCUACGCUUUGUAAUAGAGUUAUUCCAAGCUUUAGAUCAUUCGAAGAACAGGGAUUUUACUCUACAUCAGGGGAAGGCUCCACAGUCAGGUGUUGCUUUUGGUCAUGUCUCAAGGUAACACGUCAAUUCCAUGUCAUCUGUUGUUCAGGAGGAGCCGGAACUGCAGUCUCUCCAUCGAAAUCUGGGCUGGCAUUCUGAUUCAACAAAGGGAUCCAAAACCGCUGGACAUAGGAAAUCACAAAAGUAUUAUAGAGUCAAUGUUAUUUUUUGUUUUCCAAAACAGUAGCUCCGGAUCUCCAGCGGAAAACACAACAGGAAACAAAAAACAAAGCAAAGCAAAGUUCUCAGGGAAGCUUUUUUGGAGUUUGCAACUACAGUAUUCCUUUGUCUGUCUUUUUUUUUUUUUUUAAGGCAAUUAACAAACAGACCAAUCUGGGGAGAUUUUGUAGGGGAGGAUUCUUAAGUGUGUGAACAUGGUCCAGUGGUCCAUCGGUUCUGGAUAGUCCUUUUUGCUGACUGUUCUGGUUCUCUUCAUCGUGUGGUCGUCAUCCUUCAGGAGCACUGCAGGCCUCAAUGCCAGAGGCGUCCUUCAGGUGGUGACUAGGAACAAAUGGGCUAGCCUACUAGUUACUCUUCCCUGUGGACUUUGGCUGAAACAUUUGUGGCAAAAACUGUGCUUGUAGGUUCUCAGCUUUGGUUUCCACAUUUUUUUUUUUUCUGUGUUUCACAAAAACAGGGAGAAUUGUCUUUCGAGAAAUAUGGGGUAAAGCUCUUCCAAAGAACCACUUUGAUUUGGUGUUGGGGGUUCACCGUCCAGUAUACAUAAGUCCAGUGUGCGCUUAAAGAACGACAAGGAAGCAGUGGUGGGAUUCAGAUAGGUGAACAACCGGUUCUCUGCAUGGAUGCCACUUCCGGAAGUCCACUCUGGGCCUGGGCAACAAAACAUUAGCUACUGGUUCUGCCGAAGCGGUGCGAACCGGCUGAAUCCCACCACUGCAAGGAAGUGAAUGUCUCUUGCAAAGCAAAUUUAUUCAGCACUGCCCUUAAUUCAAGGGGAUACCGCUAGAUUUUCAGAGGGAGAUAAGAGCAGAAGGGGAGAGAUGCAAAUAGGACACUGUCUAUGGUUUGUCCACCCUUAUCAAGAGAACGAAUCCUGAGAAGGCCUCUGAGAAGGAUCUGGAUGGGGAAAUUGAUAUAUUACAGGUAGUCCUCAGUCUACGACCGCAAAUGAGCCCCAAAUUUCUUUUGCUCAGCAAGGCGGCUGUUAAGUGAGCGUUGCCCCAUUUUAUGAUGGUCAGCAAGCUAAUCACUGCAGUUGUUAAGGGCAGGGCUUUUCAACCUUUUCACCCAUUGCACCAUUUUUAGGAUACGGCAGUAUCCGAGUACCA